AUCGCCGCGAUAAUAAACAAGCCUCCGUGGCUUCGGCCAAUCGGCGCGAGCCCGACGUCGCGUUAGAGCCGAGUUUAUUUAAAGGCGAAUCCAGCGUCUCGAUCGCAAUAGUAUCGAAUCGAUUUUCACUGGAAGGCAAAGAAGAGCAUCGAGAGGAGGAUCAUCGAAGCUCCUCCGUUGGACAGAGAGAGAAGAAAAAAAAAUGACGACGUACACCGACAAGGGCCCCAAGCCGAUCGCCGGGAAAUUCUUGUGCUUCGACCAUCUGACGUUCUGGGUCGGAAAUGCUAAACAAGCUGCCAGCUACUACUGCGCGAGGAUGGGGUUCGAGCCCCUGGGCUACCGUGGUCUGGAGACUGGUUCGCGGCGUAAAGCAUCACACGCUGUUAGACAGAAUCAGAUUGUAUUCGUAUUCGAGUCGGCUUACGAGCCUGACGACGAGGAGAUGGCGCUUCAGCUUGGUAGACACGGCGACGGUGUGCGCGACAUCGCCCUCGGGGUGCUCGACAUCGAGGCGAUCCUCGACCACGCCAAGUCCCGCGGCGCGGAGGUCGUGCGCGACCUGUGGCACGAGGAGGACGAGCACGGCCGCGUCAAGUUCGCCACCAUCAGGACGUACGGCGACACGCGGCACACCCUCGUGGAUCGCAGCGAGUAUCGGGGAUUCUUUCUGCCAGGUUACAAGAGGCAGGCAGAGGACGCCAUCGUCGAGCUUUUGCCGAAGGUCGACUUGAAAUUCAUCGAUCACAUCGUGGGCAACCAGCCGGAUGGGCGGAUGGAGCCGGUGGCCGAGUGGUACGAGCGCGUGCUGCAGUUCCAUCGCUACUGGUCGGUGGACGACGAGCAGCUGCACACCGAGUUCUCGGCGCUGCGCUCGAUCGUCGUGGCCAACUGGGAGGAGACCGUGAAGAUGCCGAUCAACGAGCCGGCCCCGGGCAAGAAGCGAUCCCAGAUCCAGGAGUACGUCGAGUACUACGGCGGCGCCGGUGUCCAGCACAUCGCCCUCAAUACCGACGACAUCGUCGCGGCGAUCACGAAUCUGCGCAAACGUGGCGUGGAGUUUCUCGACGUGCCCGACACCUAUUACGAGGCGUUGAGGAAAAAAUUGCAGGGCAGCCAGGUGCGAGUUGUCGAGGAUCUCGACGUGCUGCAGAAGCUGAAGAUUCUCAUCGAUUACGACGAGCAGGGCUACCUGCUGCAGAUCUUCACGAGAAACAUGCAGGACAGGCCGACCUUGUUCAUCGAGGUCAUACAGAGGCGCAAUCACAACGGCUUCGGCGCGGGCAAUUUCCAAGCUCUGUUCGAGGCCAUCGAGAUGGAGCAAGCGAAGAGGGGUAAUUUGUAGAAGCGCGAAUGAAAGCGUCAAUGUGAAUUUGCUCAUUGAAAAAAAAAACAAAAAAAAAACAAAAAACCCAAGAAUAAAUUAUUGUUAAACUUAUUUAUUUUUAUAUCCUCUUAGCGCUGUUACGUAAGCAGCAUCGUAUAAAAAACAGUGUUAUCUAAACAGGGAUGCAAACAUUACAAUAAUAUGUACUCGACAUUGAAA